AAAAAAUAUAUUGGUGUAACUAUUAAAUAAAACAAAAAUACCACAUACAAUAGAUGCCCUAAGGCUCUCACUCGCUUCACACGCAGGUAACAAUAGAAGUAGAUAUCAAUUCUUAGAACUAAUCAACCACAAACAGGUCAUUAAUGGGUCAUCGAUUAGCAGCGAGGGUUGACUAUAAAUACAACGGUCGGUCGCUCGGCAGCGUCACUACCUUACUGCUCGUCAGCCAGUGAAGACGUGUGUCGAAGUGUUUCAUUGUGCCAAUACCGUCGAAGUAAAAGUUUACAGUCUCGCAUACUAUAUUAGUACAACAAGACUGUGUGUGUGGUGAAUAUUGUUCGAUUGCGAAAAUUCUGUAACAAUAAUGGCUCCCCAAAUAGAAUUAUCAACUUGGACCCCUACAUCGAUUUCAUUUGCCGAGAGGCAAAAGAACCGGAUAAAAAGACUGCGGUCAUUGCGGUCUGCUAGAAAGCAAGCAAGGAUAAACAACUAUCAAGAAACCGUUGCUGAGGAGGCUAGGAGUAGUCUGCCGCCGGACUCGACGCUCGACGACCUAGCAAAGUCUCAAGAGACAGAGAAAGCAGGAGAAGAACACAGCGGAGUGCAACAAUUGAACAUAUUAUCAGCAGCAGAUGCUGAACGAAUUGAACGUAAAAAGAGGAAGAAUCCUGAUGAAGGAUUCUCCACAUACGAACAAGCUACCGAGAGUCAAUACAACGGACUGGUUGAAAAUAUGCCGACAGCUGAUUUGGAACAACAUGACACAAAGAAACAGAAGUAUGACGAUGCUUCCGAUGGUGUAUCUAAUGUGCAUGAGGACCGAGAGGAAGCUAUCGAUAAGAUGGUCAAUGACCUGUCGGAAGAGCAGAUUGUUAAAAGAGCUCGCUACUCUACAAGGUGUGGGGAUAAUGAUGAUGUAGAUAUCGACUCCAUCAAUGACCAGAAAAUGGAGACUGGUGAAUGGAAUCUGAACAGAUUUUACGGAGAGAAUACAGCUAGCACUAAGCAAAACUUGGUUCUGCCAUUCUGCUGUUGGUGUAAGCUGCAACAAUAUGCACAGUACCUGUCGCAAAUAUAG